CACGCGCACACACUCACGCACGUACAGACCGACGACAGCGGCGGGUGCCACGAUGUGAGGGUGGAAGGGGAAGGGGGGAGACGCGGAGAGGGAGACGAGAGGAGGAGCAGCCCGAACGCCCCCGGCGCCGGGAGGGGCGAGCCGCGCUCCCCCGCGGGCAGGGAGCGGAGCCCGGGGCCGGCGGUGGAGGCGCUGCUGGGCUGACCGGCUCCUCUUCGCUUUUUUGGCUCCGCUCUCCCGUCUCCGAGCCCGCGGGCCCCCAUGCGGAGCGCCCCCGAGCUGCCGGACUGACCCCCUCCCGCCAUCCCCGAGGAGCAGCAGCCGCGCUGUCCCCGCGGGGGCUCCUCUGCCGGGCUGGGGAAGCGCCGCCGCCGAGGAUCAUGAGGAAAUUUAACAUCAGGAAGGUGCUGGACGGCCUGACGGCGGUCUCAGCCGUGGCGUCGGCGGCGUCGUCCGCCGCGCAGCAGCAGCAGGCGGGGAACCGGGAGAGCGAAAUCCAGGAGACGCUCCAGUCCGAGCACUUCCAGCUCUGCAAGACUGUACGCCAUGGUUUCCCCUAUCAACCUUCAGCCUUGGCAUUUGAUCCUGUUCAGAAAAUACUGGCUAUCGGGACUCAGACUGGAGCACUGAGGCUCUUUGGUCGGCCAGGAGUUGAAUGCUACUGCCAACACGACAGUGGAGCUGCAGUGAUCCAGCUUCAGUUCCUGAUUAAUGAGGGAGCUCUUGUGAGUGCCUUGGCUGAUGAUACCUUACACCUGUGGAACUUACGUCAGAAGAGACCUGCUAUACUUCAUUCACUCAAAUUUAACCGAGAACGGAUAACAUUUUGUCAUCUGCCUUUCCAAAGUAAAUGGCUAUAUGUGGGCACCGAAAGAGGAAACAUUCACAUUGUCAAUGUGGAAUCAUUUACUCUCUCAGGCUAUGUCAUCAUGUGGAAUAAAGCCAUUGAACUGUCAUCCAAAUCUCACCCAGGACCUAUUGUCCACAUCAGUGACAAUCCAAUGGAUGAAGGCAAGCUUCUGAUUGGCUUUGAGUCUGGAACAGUGGUAUUAUGGGAUCUGAAGUCAAAGAAGGCAGAUUACAGAUACACACAUGACGAGGCAAUCCACUCUGUGGCUUGGCAUCAUGAAGGGAAACAAUUUAUUUGUAGUCACUCAGAUGGUACCUUGACCAUAUGGAAUGUAAAAUCUCCUACCAAACCAUUCCAGACAAUCACUCCACAUGGAAAGCAGCUGAAAGAUGGAAAGAAGCCAGAACCAUGCAAACCUAUCCUUAAGGUGGAAUACAAAACAACUAGAGCUGGGGAGCCUUUCAUCAUUCUCUCGGGGGGCUUGUCAUAUGACACCGUAGGAAGAAGACCUUGUUUAACAGUUAUGCAUGGGAAAAGUACUGCUGUGCUAGAAAUGGAUUAUUCUAUUGUUGAUUUUCUAACCCUCUGUGAAACACCAUAUCCUAACGACUUUCAGGAGCCAUAUGCCGUAGUUGUUCUCCUAGAAAAGGACUUAGUACUGAUUGACCUUGCACAAAAUGGGUACCCUAUAUUUGAGAAUCCAUAUCCUCUGACUAUACAUGAAUCUCCAGUUACCUGUUGUGAAUAUUUUGCCGAUUGUCCUGUGGACCUUAUACCUGCACUCUAUUCAGUUGGUGCUCGACAGAAACGUCAAGGUUACAGUAAAAAGGAAUGGCCUAUCAGUGGAGGCAACUGGGGUUUGAUCACUCAGAGCUAUCCAGAGAUUAUUAUUACAGGGCAUGCUGAUGGGUCAAUCAAGUUUUGGGAUGCCUCAGCAAUAACGCUGCAAGUACUUUAUAAGCUAAAAACAGCCAAAGUAUUUGAAAAGUCACGGAAUAAAGAUGACAGACCAAACACAGAUAUAGUAGAUGAAGAUCCAUAUGCUAUUCAGAUCAUCUCAUGGUGUCCAGAAAGUAGAAUGUUGUGCAUAGCUGGAGUUUCUGCACACGUCAUUAUUUACAGGUUCAGCAAGCAGGAAGUCACAACAGAAGUCAUUCCGAUGCUGGAAGUACGUCUAUUAUAUGAAAUAAAUGAUAUCGAAACUCCAGAUGGGGAGCAGGUGCCACCUUUACCAACUCCAGGCACAGGUUCCAAUCCUCAGUCCAUUGUUCCCCAGUCUCAUCCAUCUACUAGUAGCAGUUCAUCAGAUGGACUUCGUGAUAACGUCCCGUGUUUGAAAGUUAAAAAUUCUCCUCUCAAGCAGUCACCAGGCUACCAAACUGAGCUAGUUAUCCAGCUAGUGUGGGUGAGUGGAGAACCUCCUCAACAGAUAACCAGCUUAGCAGUCAACUCAGCAUACGGACUAGUAGUUUUUGGAAACUGUAAUGGCAUUGCCAUGGUUGAUUACCUCCAGAAGACAGUGCUUUUGAAUCUAGGCACUAUUGAAUUGUAUGGUUCCAAUGAUCCUUAUCGCAGGGAGCCACGAUCUCCCCGAAAAACUCGUCAACCGUCUGGAGGUAUGCUGACUGUGGCUUCUUGCAUGUGCGGCCUUUCUAACUUAUAUUCAGAGUCUGUGAAAAAGCUUCGCACCUCUUAUAUAACAGGUCUUUGUGAUAUUAAUGAGGGUACAGUGGUGCCAGAAGAUCGCUGCAAAUCACCCACUUCAGGUUCUGGUUCACCAAACAAUUCUGAUGAUGAUCAGAAAAUGAAUAAUUUUAUAGAAAAGGUGAAGACCAAAAGCAGAAAGUUUUCCAAGAUGGUAGCCAAUGACAUAGCAAAGAUGUCCAGGAAGCUAAGUUUGCCAACUGAGUUAAAGCCUGAAUUAGAUGUCAAAGACAACUCUUUCAGUCGAUCCCGGAGUUCUAGCGUAACUAGCAUUGAUAAAGAGUCACGUGAAGCAAUUUCAGCUCUUCAUUUUUGUGAGACUUUCACAAGAAAGGCUGAUACAUCACCUUCCCCAUGCCUGUGGGUCGGGACCACACUGGGUACAGUGCUUGUCAUUGUACUGAACUUACCCCCAGGAGGAGAGCAAAGACUUCUUCAGCCAGUAAUUGUUUCUCCUAGUGGAACCAUCCUGAGGCUAAAAGGGGCAAUCUUGAGAAUGGCUUUUCUGGAUACCACAGGAUCUUUGGUCCCACCAGCACAUGAACCCUGGAGGGAACACAAUGUUACUGAAGAUAAAGAUGAAAAAGAUAAAUCAAAAAAGCGACGACCUGUCUCAGUGUCCCCAUCUUCCUCUCAGGAAAUCAGUGAAAACCAAUACGCAGUGAUAUGUUCAGAAAAGCAAGCAAAAGUUAUCUCACUGCCAUCCCAGAACUGUAUUUAUAAGCAAAACAUAACAGAGACUUCUUUUGUUCUUCGUGGAGACAUAGUGUCAUUGAGUAACAGUAUCUGCCUUGCAUGUUUCUGUGCCAAUGGACAUAUUAUGACUUUUAGUUUGCCAAGUUUAAGGCCGUUGUUGGAUGUAUAUUAUCUGCCACUCACCAAUAUGCGGAUAGCCAGAACAUUCUGCUUCACCAAUAAUGGGCAAGCACUCUAUCUUGUCUCGCCAACUGAAAUACAGAGGCUCACCUACAGUCAAGAAACAUGUGAAAAUCUUCAGGAAAUGUUGGGUGAGCUCUUCACUCCUGUAGAAACACCAGAAGCACCGAACAGGGGGUUCUUUAAAGGCCUCUUUGGAGGGGGAGCACAGUCACUUGACAGGGAAGAACUCUUUGGAGAAUCAGCAUCAGGGAAGGCAUCAAGAAGUCUGGCCCAGCAUAUUCCAGGGCCUGGGGGUAUUGAAGGUGUCAAAGGAGCAGCAUCUGGUGUAGUUGGUGAACUAGCACGAGCCCGGUUGGCACUAGAUGAAAGAGGACAGAAACUAGGAGAACUGGAAGAAAAAACUGCAGCUAUGCUUUACAGCGCUGAUUCUUUCUCUAAACAUGCUCAUGAGAUGAUGUUGAAGUACAAAGACAAGAAGUGGUACCAAUUCUGAUGAAGCUCAUCAAUUACAUCUGUUCAAUUUUGUCCUGAUGAAAAAAUCUUGAUUUUUUUCAUUAAUUUUGGCAGGACCAUUGAAAUUUAAAGGAGUUUUCACCAUUGGACACUGUUGUUUCCUAGCACAAAUCACACACUGUUUAACCUCAGUUGUGGCUUUUACUGAGGAGCUUUAUAUUUAAAAGAAACACACACUAAAAACCAAACUUGAGUGUUUCUUUGCUGUUGGUUAGCUGAGAGUUGGAAAAGAGAAGGUAACUAGAACAUAUGGAAAAAGAGAGUAAAGAGAAAACCUAAUGUGAGAUGGGCAGGGGCAAUGCAGGAUCAAUCCUGUGUUUAAUAUUUCAUAUGCCAAAAGUUUUUGUGCUAUUGUAAUUGCUGCCAGUGUUAUACCCUCCUGUGAGGAGAGGCAAUAAAUCAGGGGUCCAAGAGCUGGAAUAAAGUUCUUUGUCUUGCUGGACAGUAGCUGACUUAAACUCCGCCUCUCUAGGACUUACUAUAUUUACAAUUAUUGUUGAAGAAAAGUUGAAGUUUGCUGUCACUUCUUUCAUCAGAAAAGCUGGAAGCUUGGAAGAUUUCAUGUUGAAAAUUGUAUACAUAGUUAACCUGUGCAUAGUCUUUUCUUGGACCCCUGAUCUAAUAUUCUUGUAUUCACAUCAUAUUCUGUGAAGUGCAAAACAAGAGAAUAUACAUUUUUUGCAUUAAAAAAGUCAAGUGAAUAAUAUGACUGGAAUGUGUCAUGCUGGGAUUUUUCAUUUGUGUUAUGGCUGUGCAAUGUGGUAACAUCUUCAUUGUGGUAAGAAUACUUCCACUGCUGUUCAGUUAAUUAUUUUUUGCCAAAAAUAGUUAUUAGUUCAGUUUGUAUAACACUUAGAAUUGGCUGUGGGUUCCACUCAUGCUGUGAAAUUUUAUAAACGUGUAACAGAAUGUAUCUUUACAGCCAUUAAAAUAGCUGAGAUAGUUUUGCUCAAAACUUAAAUUCUAGAUGCCCCUUUAGUCUUUUACUAUGAAAUCAGAUAACCUUGGACUCAGGUUUUCAAACAGUUUUACACUCCGUGGAGGUGCUGAUGCAUGAAUAACGGCAAGCAUCUAAUAUUUAAUUAUUGUCAGUAUGUUGUUUAGCAAAUUUCUAGAUAAUGCUAGUAGAGCUAUUUGCAAGUACCUCUCACAGCCCCACCCAGCACUAAACCAGUUGGUCUAAAGUUUGGAUUUAGUCUGUAAAGCGGUUUAUCAAUGUGGGCAGUGGCAAGUGUCUGCUGAAACAGGAAUUGCUGAAGUAAUGUUCAGUUUGGGUAAGGUAAAUAAUAUAGCUGAGCUAACUUGUUAAUGGCUGCUGCAUUAAAGCUGUAACAGUGGGAAUAACCAGAGCUCUUUUAAAAAGAGAGUAUUCCUUAAAAUAAAUGUUUGCAUUUCAAAAAUUAAUUUAGAUUUUUCUCCUCAAAGCAGGAAUAGUUACUGACUGGAUUCAUUUUAUGAAAGGGAGUACUUAGAAGCUGAUAGAUCUACAUUGUCUGAAGAAAUAUUUGGGUUUGCUUCUCCAGGCAUCACAUUCCGUGUGGUUUUUUUGCACACUUUUCAAAUGUUUCCAAAGCAAAACCUUGGUUAUAUUUGUAUUGUGAAGUGGUGUUGAAGGUGCAUAGAUCAGGCAACCUUACAAAGCACUUAAAGGGUGUAAAAUAUAAAGGUUACUAAUGGUUCUUAAUUCCUUUUUCAAAUGAAAGGUAAAUAUGUUUGGGUUUUGCAGCACAAUUUGAUAAAUUAUCUAGUUUUAUUUAUAGUAGCAUUUUAAAUUUAAAAGAUAAAUUAGUUCUGUUGCUAGUACAAGGGCAUGCCAUACUAUGUCCACUUUUCAAAGAACUUAACAAAUGAGAACAUGACGGUUUGAACAAGCAGUGUUGUUAUUUCUUGGUCGAUUUGUUUCAUACCUAACCUUUUUUUAGUGUCUAAUUAAUGCCUACUUAAAACCAUACCAUUUAAAAUCCAGGUAGACAAAAACUAGAUAAACUAGUAGCCAUACAACUUCCAAAAACAAACCACCCAAGCUGACACUUGUCCCUUUGUCUCACAUUUUAAAUUGAGAUGACUGAUUACGAUUUGACCUUAUGAAGAUGAACUAUAUUUCAGAGCAAAAGAAUCCUGGAAUUUUAGUCUAGUUGGGUUCUUGGGGAGACAAUGACAAAAAUACUCUUCUGUCGGUCAUGGUAACAGUUUAAUGGAAGAUGAUCUUGGCUUGAAAAGAAAACAUCCUUAACUUCCCCAUCAAGAAACAUCUAACCACUAGCAAUCAAAAAAAUAAGAGGCGAUGAGAGACCAUCUAUCAGUACAAGAAGAGUAGUGGCUUACUUGGUAUUAUUGAAUUUAUCAUAACUGAAUCUUUAUUUUUCUGUUGCAUAUGUUUUGGAGCAUGCUUCUAGAUUUGAAAACUAAUGAAAUGAUUGCUCAUGAGAUGAAUACACAAAUGGUUCUUGGUGAAUAAAAGGGGCUAUGUACAAUUUUAGUCUAAAAUGUUCUUUUUUCCUUCUCUGUGGAAAGAAGUUGAUCGUACACGCAUUGUUGCAUCUUAUUCUGCUAUUGGUGGUGCACCUUUUGUACAGCAAAGUAUAUUGAAAUCCUUGGGGGGGAAGCACCCCUGGUUUUUUUGCUAGCAUUUUAGUUAUGUGAAACUUUUUUUAGAGUGUCUGGAAAACUAUAAAAUAUAAUUGAACUAUUACUUUUUUUUUUUUGACAGAAGUGUAAGAAACUGCUGCUACCUAUCUGUUUAUAUGUAGUGUAUCUUAUUAGGAACUGUAAACUGAAGAUGCUUUUCUUCACCCUAGUCCUGCCAAAUUGUAACUUUUGAAUGUUGAUAUGUGUAAAUAUGUGUGUGUUCCAAAUAAGUCUGAAAGUGUUACACCAUGGGCAUUUCCAGUGAUUUGUUCUUCAGCAAAAGUCAGUUAUAAAAUAUAGUAAUAUAUAGCUGUGUUCUUUGUUUGUCUUUAUGCAAAGAUUUUUGCCUGAGGUAGUACUUGCAUGGCAGGUGAUGUUGGAAAGCUACAUCCAAAGGAGGAUUUUUGGAAGCAAGUUUAAUUUCCUUUUUUUCCCUUCUGAUUUCCUUUUCUCUUCUGUUUGUUGUUUUGUUGGUUUUUUUUUAAUUAAUGGCACUGAUCUUACCUGAACUUUUAAACUUGAAUUUUUCCUGCACUUUAAUUCAAUCAUGGUAUUUUAUUCCUUUAUUUUGUUUCUUCAUUUGUGCAGUUCAGGUUCAUUUAUUGUAUAUAACCACACACAUUCAAAAGACUUUAGAACAGAUUACUUUGGGGCAUAUUUUCUAAUUAUGUGACUAUCAUUUAGAAUGUGUGUUUUCUUAGCAAAAUAUGUAUAUACAAGUAUAUACAAUAUAGUAUCUAAUGAAAGGCACUUAUCCUGUGUCAGCAUUCAGUUUAUAAAUUACUGCAACACUUUCAGAUUUGUUACUAGAUAAUACAAUAAAAUCUGUUAUAUUUAUACAUACUGCUUAAGAAUAUACUUUUAGUUUUAAAUAAUUUUUAUAUGUACACUUCUACCUUUAAUUUUAAGAAGACUUAUGUUUAAUUUUUAAGUCAAAGUACUUAAAGUAUGUAUAUUAUCCAUAGAAGAAGUUGUUUUAAGCUUAUGAAUACAUUCAUAUCUCAUAUGGAGAUGAUACAAUUACUAAGCAAUGAAAAAAGAAUAGCCCAUUUUGCUUUGCAGAAAAUAAUCGUUCUUAUUUUUACCUCCCCUUUUGAACAUUUUUAUAACAGUGCCCUAAGUAUGGAGAGGGAAGGUAGUGCUUUCAGAUUAUUAACCUGAGCUAUGAAUUUUCUUGAUAGCUGCAGUCUGUGGCUGACUGCUUUUCUACGAUUUUAAUUUUUUUAUGUAUGCACAUGAAAGAUUUUCCAGCUUUCCACCUUGAACUUUUAAAAUUGCCCAAAAUUCAAGUGAGAUUUGCCCGAUAAAUAUUUUGAAUAGUGUAUGACUCUUGAUUAUACAUCAGCUCUUUACAUGUAAGCUUGGGGGGAGCGUAUACCAAAUAUGUGUUGGAAAACUGGCAGCCUGUGGUUGAAGUACUCUCUUCUUUCUCAUCAUGGUUUAACAUACCCAGAUGGGCAUAGAUAGCACCUGAAGUUCAGUGGGAGUGGGAAGGAGUGCAAAGCCUUGCCUCCCUCUCCGAGUUACAGUAUAACUCUUAAGUUGAACCUUUUCUUCAUUCUGGCCAAUUUCCUGUGUAAUUUAUGUGAAUCUUUUUGGGUGGAUAUUGAUAACUUUGCUACUACUACAAAAUCUGCAAAUACUUUGUAGACAAAAAUUAAUGAUAGUUGAGGGGAAGAAGUAAGAAAAGCAGAAAAAAGAUACGUCAAGUAGUCGAAUCAGCUAAACCAAUUUUAUUUUGCUUUUCAUUGAAAAGCUAAGUUAAGCUAGGCUAAUUUCUUCUUACACAUUACAGAGAUGUGCUGUCUGUCGUCUGCUUUAUUACUGUUUCAGGCCAGAUGAGUGUACUGUGUUUCUGGGUUCUUUGCUACUUUAAAAGAGAAGGGUGGGGGGAAAGGAAAAAGGAACAAAACAGAAAUAUAGAACAAUCAAAUGAAAGGUUUCAAUCAGUAUUCCUUUUAGUUUUCCAUGUAAAGUGCCUAGAAAUGCUUAAGUCAUACAGCUGUAGGUUUCUUUGUCACUUUUGUUUUUGUUAGUACCUAAGUUACAUGUUACCAGGCAAAUAAUAACUAGAAGUUAAACUGUUUCAGUUGAAAACAUGUAAGGAGUUGUAUGUGGAUUACCACUACCAUUCAGUAAUAGGUGAUGCAAAGGGAGAGGGGUGGGAACAUGUUUUAAAUAUUCCCUUUUAAAAAAAGAAUUGUAAAUAAGCAGUACUGUGUUAUUUUAGACCUGAGCUCUGCUAUCUGUAGUGGUUAGAACUAGGAAAACAUGCUGCUUUCUAGUUAUGCUACUGUUUUAUUGUACCAGCGCCAUGGGGGAAAAAUAUAAAAAAAUGAGUAAAUUUUUCUAACACUUCCCACUUGUGGGUAAGCAUGCUUGAUGUGUAGCAGUUCUUGUUUCUGUAUAUCUUAGUGUGUACAUGUGUGUUUUUCUUUUUGUUCAUUGCAAGUUAUUCUUCAGUUAGGUCUUGCUGAGCCCCACCAGCUCUUCUGAGGGUGAUUACUGGAAUAUGCAUUUUAGGUAGGGUUGCAAAUCCAUCUGUCUACAAAUAUAGUUUCAUAUGAACUGCAAACUGUACUGUUACAAACACAACUAUGUUAGAUUGCAUAGAGUUAUUUUACUUACAUGUACUUGAACUGAACUAUGUCAUCAUAGCAAAGUUAAAAAAAAUUAGGUAUGGAAUAUUUUUGUAAAUAAAAAUACCUGUGCAGCUGGUAUUUUAAAUUUAAAAUGUAUUAUACAUUAAUGUUUAAAAAAAUUGUUCAUAUAUGUGUAUAUGAAUGUGUCAUUAUGCUGAAGGGCUCUGAUUGGGCAAAAUAAACUAUUCAAAUCUC